GCCGCCAGGUGGCACCUCCCCAGCCUCGUGACCGUCUCGCGGUUGAGCCUCGGUGUGGGGCCCGGAACCUCCAGGCCCUCGGUCCUGAGCUGCCGCGUCCUGCUGCCGCUGAGCUCGGGUGAGGUUAUACAGAGGACACAACCAAUCCAGUUUGUGGUGAGCCCUGGUGGUCGGAGGAUUUGGAAAUGACCCGCCAUUGGCCCUGGGAGGUGAGCCUCCGGAUGGAAAAUGAGCACGUGUGUGGAGGGGCCCUCAUUGACCCCAGCUGGGUGGUGACUGCGGCCCACUGCAUCCAAGGCACCAAAGAGUACUCAGUGGUGCUUGGCACCUCCAAGCUGCAGCCCAUGAACUUCAGCAGGGCCCUCCGGGUUCCUGUGAGGGACAUCAUUAUGCACUCCAAGUACUGGGGCCGGACCUUCAUCAUGGGUGACGUUGCCCUUGUCCACCUUCAAACACCUGUCACCUUCAGUGAGUACGUGCAGCCCAUCUGCCUCCCGGAGCCCAAUUUCAACCUGAAGGUUGGGACGCAGUGUUGGGUGACUGGCUGGAGCCAGGUUAAGCAGCGCUUUUCAGCCAACUCCACGCUGACCCCAGAGCUGCAGGAGGCUGAAGUGUUUAUCAUGGACGACAAGAGGUGUGACCGGCAUUACCAUAAGAAGUCCUUCUUCCCCCCAUUUGUCCCCCUUGUCCUGGGGGACAUGAUUUGUGCCACCAAUUGUGGAGAACACUUGUGCUAUGGGGAUUCUGGAGGGCCAUUGGCUUGUGACGUUGAGGGCAGAUGGAUUCUGGCUGGGGUGUUGUCCUGGGAAAAGGCCUGCGCGAAGGCACAGAAUCCAGGCGUGUACACCCGCGUCACCAAAUACACCAAAUGGAUCAAGAAGCAAAUGAGCAAUGGAGCCUUCUCAGGUCCCUGCGCCUCUGCCUGCCUCCUGUUCCUGUGCUGGCUGCUGCAGCCCCAGAUGGGCAAUGACCUCCCUACCCUUUCCUCCUCCUGCCUUGCCUCUGCUGAAUGGGGCCAGAUGGUUUGACCAUGGUCAUGUGUCCAUCUUCAACAAGAGUCAGGGUGGGGAAGAGUAACCCCUGGGAGAAUGGGUCUGGCUUUGGCAUCCCGGUGAGGAGAAGUGUGGUGGAUGACUAGGCCUUGGGUGAGCAGGAGAAGGGAAGUGUGGCCUAGAAGGAUUCUGGAAUCUGGGACCAGGAGAGCAGGGAUUAAACAUGUGCAAACUUGAGCCAACUCUUUUCUCUUUUCUGGGGUAGUCCUAGGGGUUAGCUGUGGGUGGGAUGGCAGAGCUUCCUUGAAUUAAGUCUGCCAGGAGCCUCUCUGGAGUGGGGACUGCUGGUUUUUGCUGUAUCAUUAGUGCUGGGGCUUAAGGAAAAGGUCUGGGCCUGUGACCUCAGUUUCCUUGUCUGUAAAGUGGGCAUGCUGUUAAGGGAACAGUUGAAACA